CGUCAGCAGGGGGCGAUGAACCCGAAGCUGCUGGGGCUUGGAAAUCUGAGAAGCGCAACAAAAGAAGCUCGGGGAGCUCUCCGCUGCGACGGCGAGGCCGAGAAAACUUUCCUCUUGCAGAGCAUGGAGGUCUCCGCUGGGCUCCGGCAGCCGCCAGUCGCCCCGGCGGCGUCGCUCCGAGGGCGUCGAUCCGUGCGGCCGCCGUUGCGUGCGGUUUCCCCUUCGACGCGGUCCGUGUCCCGGGCGGUUAAGGUUAGAGCAAGUGCAAUUUAUGACCUCCAAAGAAGUAAAAGUAACCUCGAAUCAUUAUUCUGCUAUGACAAAUCUGUUCCAGAAGAGGACAUUGGGAAACCAACUGGUCUAAAUUUGGAAAAGAAGAAUGUUGGGGAGAAUCCUCCCUGCUCAAGCUGUGAAGCUAAAGGUGCUGUGUUGUGUGCAACUUGUGCUGGUACAGGCUUGUAUGUUGACUCAAUACUAGAGAGCCAAGGAAUCAUUGUAAAAGUCAGAUGUCUAGGUUGUGGAGGAACUGGAAACAUUAUGUGCUCCAAAUGUGGAGGACGUGGGCACACAUGAAUGCUAAAACUCUUGAAGAUCGUCUCAUCAAGACAAUUUAACUCUAUUUCUGCAUAUUGUGACAAGCAAAAGAGUUCUUCUCAUAUGGCUCUACGAGCGAUUCCUUUCUGUUAAAUAUAUGCCAAUUCAGCUGCUGUAACUUGAGAAUAUUUACAUGUAUACAUGCUUAGCUGUUGAACCAUGCCGCUUUUCGUUUUCUUCUCUUUUGUACCUUGACAUUUGGGAGCGCGAUGCUUUGGAUUAUUUUGGUUUGUUGCUGUGCGAUAAAGGUAUAAUGGCUCGUGAAAGAUGCAGAAAAUGUCUGAGAAAUGAA